AUGAUGACAGCACUUGUGUGCAUUGGCUUCCUCUCAACAACAUCGACCGUUCAGGCUGCUUCCUUCCUUUCCAUUUUCAAAUCUGAUUCUUGGAAGAGUAUUCAAGAAACCAAUCAAUUGCUUUCCAUGUGUCGUUAUUACAUUCCAUCGAUUUCAAGAAAUUUGGCAACUUGUACUUGGUACAAUAAGGAUUCAUGUUGCACAGUGGAUACCUCUCAAAAGAUUAAAGAUGGUUGGGAGAAGUCAUCGGGAAGAUAUUCCGGAACUUCGAAUGUGACCAUUCCGCAAUUUUUGGUCGAAGCUUUUGCUGGAGGUUGUUUGGAUGAGUUGCAUCAGUAUAUUUGCUACUUGUGCUCUCCAGGUCAAACAGUUUUCAUUGAAGAACACAUCCAAAUCAUGGGACAACGUUCCAUCCUUUAUUUGUGCGAAUCCUUCUGCAAUCGUCUCUAUCAAAAGUGUGCUCUUGUUCCAGUGACAGGAGGUCGUCCAGUUUCAUUAGCCUUCUCAAGUGGUGAAGAUUUUUGUACCCGUGGUUUGGAAGACCCUGCCAACCAAUUGCAAAUUAAGGUGAGAACUGGAAACUGCUUUAAUGGGGCAUCUGCAUUGGGAAUGAAUUGGUCUCAAAUGGUGCUUGUCAGCAUGAUGGUUAUCGUCUCAUUGCUUCCAUUAUUUAUUAAUAAUUGA